AUGUGUGGGUGGGAGAUUUUAAUUGCAGCUAUAAGAUCGCAUGGAAAAACAUCCAAUAGUCAACAGCCAGGAGAAGAGUUAGAUUGGAAUAAAACGAGUCCACGCAUCAGAGGGGGCCAGGAGGCAAAACUGUCUGAUGUUCCGUACAUUGCAAUGAUCAAAGUGUGGCAUCCACAUAAUAAAGUAUAUCAACCACUCUGUGCUGGUGCUAUUCUGUCGGAAGUAGACAUAUUAACAAAUGCAGCUUGUGCAUCGGAAUGCAAUGUAACAACGAAUUGUAAAGUAUUUGUUGGCAAGGUGAAAAUUGACGAUGAUGACGAUGAUGGCCAAGAAAUUCAAAUCAGAGAUACAGUGUGGCACGAAUCAUACAUCGCAUUGUAUAUGAAUAGAAUUGGAACAAAUGAAUCAAGAGGACAGAUAAUAGAUCUCGGCAUGAUCCACACAGAAAUGAUAAUUAUGUCAGAAACGGUUCAAUCUAUUAACUUACCCAUACAAGAUUUAAAAGACGGGCGAGAUGUCAUAAUUGCGGGAUGGGGUGAUAAUGAAAGCCAGCAUAAAGUUUUGCAAUACGCAAAAGUUGCAGCGAGAAAAUGCCUAAUGUAUGAGAAUAAUUCGAUUGGGCGGUAUGCAUGUACACAAUCGAACGCAAUAUUUGCGUGUGAAUCGGAUAUGGGCGCAACAAUGGCUUAUAGCGAUGUAAAUGGUUUGGUGGCUGUCGGUAGUUUCCAUAACUAUAAGAGUUGCACGGGAGGCAAGUAA